AUGCAGAGCAAAGACACAAUCAUAUGCAUCAGAUUUCUCUUGUGGUUUCUUCUCCUCUGUGUUCUUAUCAAGAAGUCACACACAGAAGAAGACAUUGUAAUUGCAACCAAGAGUGGAAGAGUCAGAGGAAUGAACUUGCCAGUUCUUGGUGGCACAGUAACAGCCUUUCUCGGAAUUCCCUAUGCACAGCCACCUCUUGGUAGACUUCGAUUCAGAAAGCCACAGCCCCUAACCAAGUGGUCCAAUAUCUGGAAUGCCACAAAAUAUGCAAACUCUUGCUAUCAGAACGUAGAUCAAACUUUCCCAGGCUUUCUUGGAUCAGAGAUGUGGCACCCAAACACAGACCUUAGCGAAGACUGCCUGUAUCUCAAUGUCUGGAUUCCAACACCUAAACCAAAAAAUGCAACUGUAAUGGUGUGGAUCUAUGGUGGUGGUUUUCAAACUGGAACAUCUUCUUUAUAUGUUUAUGAUGGUAAGUUUCUGGCUCGAGUGGAAAGAGUUAUUGUAAUUUCAAUGAACUAUAGGGUAGGUGCCCUAGGAUUCUUAGCUUUGCCUGGAAAUCCUGAGGCACCAGGGAACAUAGGCUUAUUUGAUCAACAGUUGGCACUUCAGUGGAUCCAAAAAAAUAUAGCAGCCUUUGGUGGAAAUCCUAAAAGUGUAACUCUUUUUGGAGAAAGUGCAGGAGCAGCUUCUGUUAGCUUUCACUUACUUUCUCCUAGAAGCCAUCCAUUUUUCACUAGGGCCAUUUUGCAAAGUGGAUCUUCUAAUGCCCCUCAGGUAGUAAUGUCUCUCUAUGAAGCCAAGAACAGAACUUUGACCUUAGCUAAAUUUCUUGGUUGCUCAAGAGAAAAUGAGACUGAGAUAAUCAAAUGCCUUCAAAAUAAAGAUCCUCAGGAAAUUCUUCUGAAUGUUCUUUCCAAUGAGUCUCUUGUGUCGGUAACUUUUGGCCCAACAGUGGAUGGUGAUUUUCUCACUGACAUGCCAGAUAUGCUACUCCAGCUUGGACAAUUCAAAAAAACCCAGAUCUUGGUGGGUGUUAAUAAAGAUGAAGCGGCAUCAUUAUUGGUGAGCUCGGCAUCAUUAUUGGUAUAUAGAAUACCUUGGUUCAGCAAAGAUAAUAGCAGCAUCAUCACCAGAAGACAAUUUCAGGCAGGUUUAAAUAUAUUUUUUCCAGAAGUGAGUGAUUUUGGAAAGGAAUCAAUCCUCUUCUAUUACACAGACUGGGUAGAUGAUCAGAGGCCUGAACAUUACCGGAAGGCCUUACAGGAUGUUGUUGGAGACUACAAUAUUAUAUGUCCUGCCUUGGAGUUCACUAAAAUGUUCUCAGAAUUAGAAAAUAAUGCCUUUUUCUACUACUUUGAACACCGAUCCUCCAAGCUUCCUUGGCCAGAAUGGAUGGGAGUGUUGCAUGGUUAUGAAAUUGAGUUUGUCUUUGGUUUACCUCUUGAAAGAAGAGCUAACUACACAAGAGCUGAGGAAAUUUUGAGUCGAUCCAUAAUGAAAAGCUGGGCAAAUUUUGCAAAAUAUGGAAACCCGGCUGGGACCCAGAACAAUAGUACAAGAUGGCCAGUCUUCAAAAGCACUGAACAAAAAUAUUUAUCCUUGAAUACUGAGUCUUCAAGAAUAUACACUAAACUACGAGCUCAACAAUGCCGAUUCUGGACACAAUUUUUUCCUAAAGUCUUGGAAAUGACAGGAAAUAUUGAUGAAGCAGAACAAGAGUGGAAAGCAGGAUUUCAUCGCUGGAACAAUUACAUGAUGGACUGGAGAAAUCAAUUUAACGAUUACACUAGCAAGAAAGAAAGCUGUGCAGGUCUCUAA